GACACAAACGUGCCACCCCAAAUAUAGUAUUAGCUUCAGCUUGAGCACUUGAAGCACCAAAAUACCGAUUACAUAUUAAUGCAUCAUAGUGCCCUUUUCUUCGCCUUACAUAAUGAAGUUGUUUGCAUGUACAGAUGACACACACAUGGAGGUAUAUGCAUCAGUUACAGCAUUAAGCAGCUCCACAAUCUAAUUAAGACGGCAUCUCCAUUACAGGUUGCAGCUGACAUGUGUUUAUUUAUUUAUUUAUUUACCUGAGGUCCUAUUGGUUUGUCUUGACUCCCGGUGGACAGCAGCUGGCCUUUGCAUCCUCUGCGACUUACAGUCAUGGCGGACAUCUUCCGUAAGGACAACAACAACAACAACAACCUCUUUUAAGAGUUUGCAGCGUCGUCCACUCCUCCCUGUUGGGUCCGCUGAGCUCCUAAAUGCCUUUCAUUGAGAAAAGGCUCCGGACGUUCAGUGAUGUGAAGGUGGACACGCAACACAUGAUUUAAUCAAGAUGGGUAAUAAGCAAACAAUAUUUACGGACGAGCAACUGGAUGCCUACCAGGUGAGGGUAGCAGACGGUUUGAUUUCAUUGCCAAAUGAAGAGGAUCUUGUGUUCACUGGGCCACCAUCUGAGAAGAUCUGACCUCUUUUAUCCUGACUGUACAUUUUUCACCCGCAAAGAAAUUCUGCGGUUGCACGGCAGAUACCACGAGUUAGCUCCGCAUCUUGUACCAAUGGACUACACCAAUGAUCCUGACUGUAAACUGCCUUUAGCCUUAAUAGUCAACAUGCCAGAGUUAAAGGAAAACCCAUUCCGUAACAGGAUCGUAGAGUCUUUCUCAGAGGACGGGAUGGGGAAUCUCAGCUUCAAUGAAUUUGUGGAUAUGUUCUCAGUCCUCAGUGAAAUGGCUCCUAGAGAACUCAAGGCCAUAUAUGCCUUCAAAAUAUAUGAUUUCAAUGUGGAUAAUUACCUGUGCAAAGAAGACCUGGAAAAGACUCUAAAUAAGCUGACGAAGGAGGAGUUGACUCCUGAAGAGGUGGAGCUGGUGUGCGAGAAAACUAUUGAAGAGGCGGAUUUAGACGGAGACAACAAACUUUCCUUUGCUGACUUUGAAAAUAUGAUAACUAGGGCUCCUGAUUUUUUAAGUACCUUCCACAUUCGAAUCUGAGAGGGCUCCAUGGUGAACCUCUGGACCCUACUUCCUGGCCACAGCACGGGGUGCAGUGCCUGUCUCCCACCCCCAUUGUCAUAAAAAUAGCACAUCAGUCCUCUCUGACCUCAGUGAAGUCUGUUGGGGUUAGAAAGCAAAAUACUGGAUGCAGAUGGAUUCCCAGGAGCCUGAAAAUGUUUUAGUUGUACCACCUAUCAAAGGGCUUGACCUGGAUUGGUCUCUUGUUUGUUAUUCUUUCCACAUCUGAAGGAAACUGGUCAGUGAAACUAGUCCGAAAUGAACCAGACUCAUGCAUUGCUGCUUAUUGAACACAUUCAAGUACGCAUAAAAUGCUUAUCUGCCCAUGUUGCACAUGAGAUACCCCCGGAGAAGUCCUCACACAGUGAUGUACCAGAUAGUAGUAUUUAUAAGGCUGAAGACAAAGCUUGAAGUUAAUGAAAGCACAGCGUUGGCAUUAAGGGCAUACACAUAUUUUAUAUGAGCUAUGCAAUAUUUAUACAUGCAGUACUAAUGCUCUUUGUCAUUUUAAGUUGUAAUUUUUGCUUGGGGAGCUGGAACAUGAUGACAAUCAUUAUCUUACUGUUCUCCAGUUGAGUGAAGGGCUCUGUCAUCUGAACUCAUUUUGGUAGCUUUUCUCCCUCAGCCAUUAUCAUGAGAUAUUACAUACAGCCAUCUUUUGGAUAUACAUGUUCCAGUAUUUUAUGUGACUUCAGGUAUUUGUCUUACUUUGAAUAAAUGUGUUUUCUGUGUGUUGUG